AUGUUGCUUCAACGUUCGGUGUUAGUUCUAGUCGCUGUGCAUUCCGCUCUUGCGAGUGACGCUGCUCUUCAGCCUCAGAAGAUAGUGCUAUCCUCCCGUAUCGCCCCUACACCUUCUGCAUUGAAACGAAGGCAGCUGUCACAGGCCAAUGUCCCGCUUGAAGACUUCUUCAAGGGAACAGACCUCCAGUGGUUCGGUAAUAUAUCCGUGGGAACACCUCCCCAGGAUAUCACCGUCGUCUUUGACACGGGGAGCUCGUCACUUGAGUUUUCGAGCACUUUGUGUAACUCAUGUCGGAAUGCAGCUCCCAAAUUUGACCCUUCUCGGAGCUCAACAUUCGUAGAUGGUGGACGAACAUCCUCUAUCACUUUUGGAACAGGAGUAGGAGUAGACCCUGUGGUUGGGGAUAACUACCAGCUCACUUUGAGGAGUGGUACGGACACGGUUACCGUUGGAGGCCUCAAGUCAACAAACGUCCCCUUAUUCCUCAUAACUGACCAAACACCUACGUUCAACAUCGACCCUUUCAGUGGGAUCCAAGGGAUGGGUGCCAGAGCAUCCGGCUUCUUUGCGAGCCUCAUUGCACAGGGCCUCCCGUCUCUCUUUGGACUGUUUUUGACCCCGUUAUCUGUCGGUAAUGCAGAGUUGACCAUUGGAGGAGUCGACAGUUCUAAAUUCUCGGGGCCGCUCACUUUUGCUUCCUUACCGGGCCGCGGAAGCUCUGCGUGGACUCUAACGUCAACGGGUGUUUCGGUGAACGGCAGGACAACCUCAACGUUGAGCACCAGCCGUAGCCUCAUUUUCGACAGUGGAACGAGCAACAUGAUAUUCAACACUGCUACUACGGAGGCCAUCUAUGCUCUAAUCUCCCCCGACAUCAAACCAAACAGUGCAGAGCCCGGAACGUAUGGUAUCGCUUGCAAUCGUAUUUCUAGUUUGCCUGCAAAGAUCGACAUCACCUUUACCGCGCAAACCGGAAGGCCAUUCAACUUGACCAUACCAUCGAGCGAGUUGAGCGUCGGGCCUUUCGCCAAUGACCCGUCCCUCUGUCAGACUCUCAUCAACGCUGUCGAUAAUUUCCAGAUUGUGGGUGCAAGUCUAUUGAAGCAUUACUAUAGCGUCUGGGACGUCGGAAACCAGCGUUUAGGCUUUGCUGCGAUCUAA